UUUUGUACUUAUAUCUGAGAUCAUUCAGACCGAACAUCAUCAAACAAAGAAAACACAUUUGUCCGAGUUUCGUUCGAGAGCUGCGCCUUCAAGAAAUCGAUAGAGAGCUUUCUUCUUUUUUUCCUUCGUUCUUUCUACGAUUCCAAAGUAUCUCUAUCAGGUCAACGUUCUUUUUUGUGGCAUUGAGGGGGUAGAGAGAGAUGUCUGAUCACCUGAGUUCAUGUACGGACCGUCUCGUAACAUCUGAUCACCUGAGUUCAGACAGAGGAGGAUCCAUCGAAUCUUCUGGAGAAAGUUCAAGAGCUCAAGGCACCACAAUCAUUUCUACUACUACUAAUACUACUAUUACUAAAUCUGUGGAUGAUAAAACUGUGCAAGUAGAAGAACUUGAUGUCGAAGACGAAGAGGAACCGCUUAUCCAAUCAGCUGAAUGCCGUAUAUGCCAAGAUGAGGAUUCUGUUAAGAACCUCGAGUCUCCCUGUUCUUGUAGCGGCAGCUUGAAGUAUGCUCAUCGGAAGUGUGUUCAGCGUUGGUGUAAUGAGAAAGGUGACACUAUCUGUGAAAUAUGCCACAAGUCUUAUCAACCUGGCUACACCGCUCCACCACCUCCUCCCGCUGAAGAUACUGUUAUCGAUAUCGGUGAAGAUUGGGCCAAUGGUGUUCCCUUAGACUUCAACGACCCUCGCAUUUUUGCAAUGGCGGCUGCAGAACGCCGUUUCUUCGAUCCGGACUAUGACGAGUAUGCUGAUUCUAACUCUAGCGGUGCUGCUUUCCUUCGCUCCGCUGCUCUUAUCUUAAUGGCGCUUUUAUUGCUGCGACACGCCAUGAACCUUUCAAACAACAACUCAGACAACGAAGAAGAAGAUGAUCCAUCAGCUUUCUUCUUUCUUUUCAUGCUCCGUGCUGCCGCUUUUCUCCUCCCUUGUUACAUAAUGGCUUGGGCCAUCAGUAUCUUACAACGCCGAAGACAAAGACAGGAAGCAGCCGCUCUAGCUGCUGCAGAAGUUGCGUUUAUGCUACACAACGGGGCUGGCGGUGGAGGACAGCGCAGAGGAGGAUUGCAUUUCGCUGUAGCACCCGAGCUGAUACCGAAUCCACAACACCAGCCUGAAGCCUCACCACAAUGAUUAUAUAUAUCCCUGAGUACCGGUUAAAGAAUCCAAAGUAUCAUCAUUAUCCACGACUUUGGUCUCUUCUCUCUUCUCUCUCUCUCUCUUUCACUGUUUGUAGUAGCUGUUUGUUGUUUAUGGGUUUAUUCCUAUGAGCAAAAACACAGAAACUGAGUAAAACAAAAUACGGGAAGUCUCUCUGUCUUAUGUUCUUACAGACGAGAAAAUAAAGCUUCUUGAUAUGCUUAUGUAUAUAUAUACUUAAUACUUGAGAAAUUACCAACGAUCUUAAGAAGAUAUUCAACAUAUGUAUUCGCUA